AGAAGUUAAAAAAUAAAGAAGGAAACCAUGUCACCAGGCAUGAGACCUGUGUAAUAUCAUCUUUUAUGGUUCGGUGAAAUCUAAGCUGAUUAUCUUUACAAAACAUUGCGAGUGAGCAUAAAGCAUGACUUCCACCAGCAGAAAGUCAUAUCCUCCUGUGCCAGACAAGGGCAAGUAUAGUGUGACAGACGACAGCAAGAAGAAGACUUCCUUGCUGAAGGACAACAGCUGGAUCAAGAAAGAAGUGAAUGAUGACGAAAAUUCAAAUUUUGGAAAAGCUGUCCUGGGCCGCUUUAAAUCUACUGAAAAUAUUCAGAGCUCUUCAGAAAACAGCUCCAGCACUGUUACCACCAACUCGUCCACCGCCACCAUUCCAACAAAAUCUUCUGUACAGUCCCUGACGAAAAGAUUCAGUACAAGUCAUGAUGACCUGGAUUCCAGCAGCAUGUCUACUACAACUCUCAAAAGUGGCACGAAGACAACAACUGUCACCACAAGCAGGACAUCUGUGGUGAAGUCACCAACCAAAACAGACACAUUUGCUGAAAAGAUCUUCACAGACUCCAGGACCUCUGGGAAAAUUCAAACUCCACUAAAACCUGUCGACUCAACUGUCAAAAGUGUCACCAAGACAGGGACUGUCACUGUGACUUCCAAGGACAGCACAGUUCAGGACAGUUUAAAACCUGUGAAACCACUUGCACCAAAACCAAUCGCACCCGCCAAGAGUACCAAGACAGAGACUUUCACAGUGGCUACGUCUAAGGAAAACACAGUGCAAGUAGACAGCAACUUAGCCAAAUUAGCACCCCCACCAGCACCACCAGCACCACCACCACCACCACCAACAAUCUCACCCAGCAAGAAUACCAAGACAGAGACUGUCACUGUAACUACGUUUCAGGAUACGAUAGUUAGACAAGACAGUAAAACUGCCAAAUCUGCACCACCGAUGUCACCCACCAAGAGUACCAAGACAGAGACUGUCACUGUGACUUCUUUUAAGGACACCGUAAUUCAAGAAGGCAACAAAUCAGCCAAAUCAGCUUUUCCAGCCUCACCCACCAAAAGCAUUACACGAGCUGACGAAGUGUUCGAUAACCUUCUGCCCACAUCCAUCAAGUCAACAUAUGUGUCUGACACCAGAUCUGUUGACAGAAAUGAUAAAAGCAGUGGAACCAGUUCUACAACAUAUACUAGAAGGUCUUACACAGACAGCAGACCCGAAGAGUACUUUUCUGAAUCUGUGAAGACUAUCUCCUCUCCGCUUGACAGUUAUGAAUAUGGCAGUCAAAGAGUCUCUACAAAAACAUACACCUCAACAACUUAUUCAGAGAGCAGACCUGAUGAGUUCCUAGACACCUACACAUCAAGAUCUCUUCCAGCAAUUUACACAUCACCCGAUAGGAAAAUUGUAGACAAGGAUCUUUGCACACACUGCCAGAAGCCAAUGCUCGGGGAUCCAAAGAUGAUCCUAGAAGAUAUGGAUAUAAGGUGCCACGCCAACUGUUUCAAGUGUGAUGUGUGUAAGAGUACUCUUGGACAUCUGAAGGCAGGGGACAGCAUGUGGGUGUACCGCCGAAGUGUGCAGUGUGAGGCCUGCUUUGGUGUCACAAAGAGUAAAUGGCACCGCUGAGGAUCAACCCACUGUAAAUCCAUAAAGCACACAGAUUUGAAGGAAUGUUCAUAUAAUUUUAAAUUUAUUAGACAUGGUAAGGGGAAAAAAACACAGUUAUGUAUGCAUAUUACAAACACUCACCUAGGGGAAAAAUUAAACAAUUAGAAAAUAAAAAACUUUUUUAGAUACAAACAUGAGAAAAGACAGUUUGGGUGGUGGAUCUGUUGGCAAAUGCAUGUGGGAGAGAAUUUAUUAUUAUUUUUUUUAUGUGUCUUAUAUGUUAUAUAUUGACUGUAAUGUCAUAUUGCUAACUGUAGUAAAGCAGUAAUUAAUGAAUAGAAGAAACUGAUGUGAGCUGACAUAUUUUGAUAGUGUAUUAUCAAAUUUUUGGGGGGUUCUUUCUUUUUUAAAUAAAAACAUUACUCCA